AUGAAGCUCUCCAUUGCCCUCUCCCUCCUCCCGUUGCUCGCUCACGGCAGCCCGGUAGCCGUCUUUGCCCCGGAGAGCUCUCCUCUAGAACUGGAAGCCCGCGCCGACAAGACGUGCCAGGUGACGACUAGCAACGUCAACUGCCGUGCCGGCGCGGGAACAGGGUACAGGGUGGUACGCCUGAUUCAGCCCGGGGUUGGCUUUGGUGUUAGAUGCAAGGCCAAAGGCGAGUGGAUCAUAGAUACCGAUAUUUGGGACUGGAUUCCGGGCUGGAGUUGCUGGGUCACGGCGCAUUACACGAAUUACGGCUGUGAAUCAAAUGUCCCGUGGUGCUGA